GACAUUUCUACCUGGUGUAGAAUUGAACAUGAUAAUUCGAGUUUAACAAACAUGCCAUUAUGGUUAGCGGCCUUUGAGGCGUGGGCAGUCGCACGACUCCUAAGAAGUCCUACUUUUCACAGUGCAGUCCGCAACGUCCACAAAAGAGUUCACGAAGCUCGUCAUGGCAAAGACCCCUCCGAAAUGGGUGGUACCAAUAUGGACGAUCCUGAAAAGAACAGUCGAUUUGUCAAAUACUUCAAGGACGAAAUCAAAGAGCAGUUCUGGGGCAGAUCGCCACCUAGAAAAUAAUUGAUACAUAACUGUGGUACAACAAAAUGAUACUCGCACUGCUUUCACUAUUAUAAAGGGAGUUGGGUUGAUGAUUUUGAGCGAACAGCAAACAUGCAUGCAUUUCAUGGCGUUUGGGCAAGCACUCUACACUAUCCACAUCAACGUACAUAAUUAUACAAUAUAAUUAUCUCUCCUUACUUUCCUGUCUCUUCACCUUCCGCGACAAAUGAUACACAUUCAGGCAAAUACACAACCCUGCG